CAGCACCCACAAGCAAGGUGUUUCUUCGUAUCCUCUAGUAAAGACAAGAAGGCAUAUUUAAGGAUUAAAAGAAAAAGAAAAUGGUCGCUUUGGAUGAAACACCAUCUACUGUAGUAACUACAUAUUUUUCCUCCUAUGAUGAAAAUUACGACGAUGGUCCAGGGAUAUGUGAAAAAGACGAAGUGAACGAUUUUGGAUCAUGGUUCCUUCCCACAUGUUAUUUAUUAGUGUUCCUGCUUGGCUUGGCAGGGAAUGUCCUUGUCAUCUUAGUGUUGCUGAAAUACAAGAGGUUAAGAAGCAUGACAGAUAUCUAUCUGCUCAAUCUUGCUAUCUCAGACUUGUUUUUUGUUUUUGCUCUUCCUUUUGAGUCUUAUUUUGAGGCUGACGAGUGGGUGUUUGGAACCAGGUUGUGUAAAUUCUUCUCAUGGGUCUACCUGACUGGUUUUUACAGUGGGAUAUUUUUCAUCAUGCUCAUGAGCAUUGAUCGGUAUCUCGCAGUUGUUCACGUUGUAUUUGCCUUGAAAGCAAGAACAGUUAGCUACGGCACUCUUACCAGCCUUGUUGUGUGGCUAGUGGCCAUGACAGCUUCUAUUCCAGGACUGGUAUUUAGUGAAUCUGUUUCUGAAAAUAAUCGUUUCACAUGCAGGCCAAGUUACCCCAAGAAUGACUUGAAAUGGAAGCUUUUUAUCCCUUUGGAAUUCAACAUUUUAGGCCUUCUGGUUCCAUUCACAGUCAUGCUAUUUUGCUACACAAAGAUACUCAAGACCUUGUGGCACUGCAGAAAUGAAAACAAGAAGAAGGCAGUGAAGAUGAUUUUUGUUGUUAUGAUCAUUUUUCUCCUGUUCUGGACCCCUUACAACAUUGUGCUUUUCCUCCAAUGUUUGCAUGAUACAGGUAUUUUUGAAGGAUGCCGAAUCAGCACAAUCCUAGACUAUGCCAUUCAGGCUACUCAAACGCUAUCAUUUUUUCAUUGCUGUCUCAAUCCAGUUAUCUACUUCUUUAUGGGGCAAAAGUUCAAAAAAUAUAUUAGGCUGCUCUUUAAGAAUAACAUCUUUUAUAGAACAUUUUGCAAACCUUGUGGGCUUCCUGACACUUUCCACUCUGAGUUGACUGUCUCAUCCCGUACUCAGUCCACCAGUGAUGAAGAGGCUCUCUGAAGAUUCCCAAAAGGCCUCCUGUGAAUUCAGAACACGUGGCAUCCUUAUAUACCAAAAUGAGCAUAUGUUUCCUUUACUGAAGACCAGUAGCUGUCCCUUGAAAACGUAUGUUUUGGACAUGGACAAGAUGAAAGGAAAAGCUAGAGCCAACUUGAGAACAUCCUGAAAAAAACAUUUCACUAUGUCUGUUGUUUAUGAGAGCAGCCAUGCAGAAUUGUAAGCUUCUUGGACUGUUGAUCUACCCACACUGUUAGCUCCAUGGUCAACUCUAGUACUUGUUAAGAUCUCAAGACACCACAUAAAAUAUCCUUUUAAAGUCCCUUCAUAUCUUGGGUUCUUUCAUCUCGCAGCCGCAGAAGCAUUUCCUGAAGAUUAAGACCACCUACCCUUUCUUACAUUGUGCUGUAGGACAAAGCACAAUGGACAAAGUGUUUUGUGUUUUUGUCUUAUUAGUUAUGCAGCU